AUGACAAUACAAUUGACAAAGGCACCUGAUAUAACAAUGGUAGCCAGGACUAUAGACCUAUUGACUAUGUGUUCGACAGGAUUGUAUAAAUGGUAUUGUAUGGUAAAAUUUAGUGAUGAGUUUAUUGUUUUUGAUACGCAACUUGUUCAAAUACAAACUCAAGGAUUGGUAUCUUAUGGUUCGGAAGCUCAACAAUUUACAAGAAAUCAUUUACGGCCUAUGAAAAAGAUAACAAUAAUUUAUUUGCUUUGUGGAUUUUUCAUGGAUAUAAUCAUUAUUUUUUCAACUUUAAUUACUUAUCCAAAAAAUGGUCGAUCAGACAGCGCUUAUUUCAAUGAUCCCAAGAGUUAUCCUUUGAGUUGCUGGAUUCCAUUCACAGUAAAUAAUUAUCAGAUAUUUACAGGAAUAAUUAUUGUACAUGCAGUUGUACUUAUUGCUGCAACUAACAUGUACUUAGCAAUUGACACAUAUAUGUUUGGAUCAAUCUAUGCGAUUGGUGGUCAAAUUAAUUUACUCAACACAACAUUAAACAAUAUUUCAGAUCGUUUGAAAUUAGAUCACAAUGAUGGAAUUUCAUGUUUGAAUUACCGAGAUUACCAACAAGAGAAGCUAAGUUAUUUAGUUGUUCAAUGUGCUAAACACCAUGCUUUGAUACUAAAGUACAUACGAAAAUUACGAAAUAUGUAUAAUUAUCUUAUACUAGUUGAUUAUAUGCAUGCGAUAACUUCAUUAACGUUUGCUAUAUUUCAAAUGCAAAUGAGCUUUGGAACUGGUGAAUCAAUUGCAUUAGUACUUUUUGUUGUCAUUAGUUUAUAUCAUCAAUUUUUGAACAAUUUUUUCGGUGAAUAUAUAUUACAAAAGCAAUCAAGUAUAAGUGUUGCUCUGUACAAUGUACCUUGGUGGCGCGCUAAUAAAAACGUUCGACAAUUAUUAAUGUUUAUGAUAGCAAGAACAAAUAUGCAAACCAAUAUAAUGGGAUUUUACAUGUAUAAAUUAUGCUUAAAAUCUUUCAUUGCUUUUGUUAAAGCACUCUAUACGUAUUAUAUGGUUCUAAGACAAAUGAAUCAAACUAGCACUUAAUUGAGCUUUACAUUUAGUAUAUGAUAAUCCAAUGCAACUAUGAAAUCAAAAUUACAUAAUCACAACCAUGACUUUUUUAAAUGGCAAAACGUUUUAAUAACCUGAAAAUAUUAUGCACAUAUUAAUUAAAUAUGGUCAUUUAACAGUGUUAAGAAUAAAAGUUAUCUUGGUGGA